ACCCUGAUCGCAAUACAUUGCUUAGAUGGUAGGACCAAUGUUGUGCCUGAGGAAGGUAGUGUUAGUGAAAUAAAGCGCAUACAACUUGAUACAAUGAUCUGUGAAAUUGAUCAGCUUAGUUGGGGCUGUACACUGGAUUAUGGCGAAGCCAAAAUAGCAGAGCCAGAUCCGAAUAUUGGAGGUUUAGCCAACGAUCUCUUGAGAUUAGCAGGCUAUGACCCCCAAAGUUAUUGGGCAAUCCGAAAUUCGUUCUAUCCUUGCUUUCCAAAUUCAUGGAUACAAUCUUAAAGUUUAUAUCACCCAAAAAAUGACAAAUAAAUCAUUUUACACCAUGACAGAGGUAUUUGACAUUACGUUUCCAAGGUCAAUACAAGAAGUCAAUUCGUUCACAAACAGAAAAAAUAUUGAAUCAUUGAUUUCCUUGUAUAAAGUAUUUUGGAGUAACUGUUGUGUGGCAAAACAAGAUAAAGCUGAACCGGAAAAACUUGAAUCCUCUGGCUUUGAUAUAUCGACAAUUCAAACUAUCAAAGAUGGAUCUAUGGAUUGUUCGCGAAAAUGUUCGCUUAAAUACUAAUAUGAAAUAUAUCAUAUUGACAUAUUAAAUUGUAAAUUAUUGUAACGACGUUAACAUAAAUACCGUUCAAAAGCC